GGCAUGCUUGUCGACGGAUAUCCAGAAAGCGCAGAGCUUUGCUGGUGUGCCAGAAAGAAAGGCGAUGGUGACGCCGACAAACAGCUGGCCGAGAGCAAGGUACUCCAGCGGAGACCCGUAAUGCGAGCACGAGGCAAUCCAGCACCCAAGAGCGAGGCACAGACUUGCCCACGCCAGCACGUCCCACAGUGGGCUGCUCUGCACGAAGUUGUUGACGACUAGAGUUGUGACGGCGGAGAACAGCAAGGGCGCGGCAUUGAGGAAGCAAACCUGGAAGGAGCUAAAACCUAUGGACGACCUCAAAGAUUGAAAGAGCGGGACAAGGGAGAGCGCGGUGGCUGCAGCUGCGAAUGCUAAGAGACAAGAAACGAGGAGAAUGAUGGUUUGGCUGAACUCUGACGCGGGCUCAAUGGGGAUUGGUGUCUUGGGUGCAAGAAUAGCCGUCGACAAUGUUUCGCGAAGAGCCGUCAACGCGUCGUCGUCAGUUCUCCGUCGCUUUGGGCUCUCGAGCAGCUUGAGUCUCUCUUCUGCUGAAACCCCUGCAAGUGUGUCCAUUGAUCCAUAAGCCGAAGAUUCACCCUGGCCCUUCAAACGGACCAUUCUGCCUUCUCGUCAAGGUUAACUGUAGUAGAGCUCAACGAGGAGUGCAAAGCCAGCGAUCUUGGAGUUUCAAAGACUUGGUUUGACGUGCUCUCUAUGAGCCCAGCAGCAACUUGGAAGGUCAAGUUUGAUAGAUGUCGUCCUCCUCUCCUCGCCGGCCUCUCUCUCCCUCAGCCUC